CUUCAAUCAUUCACACAUCGAACAAAUAUCACUCACACGAGAGAGUCACCUCACCGACGCACACACACAGCGUCCAAUCCAAUAAAGACACCCACCACCUCCCAUCCACUCACUCACCCCAACGCCCGCCCAGAGAGAGAAACAUGGCUGGCUGGCUACAUGGCUAGGCUAGGCUAGCAGGUGGUGAGAACGAGUUUGGGCAUGAUGCACAUGGCCAUGAGCUCCUGGAAGAGCAGCUUGCAUGCGUAGGGCAGGCAGAUCUGGCUGAUGUUCGUCUUCUUCUGACACGCGCGGCACUCGUAAUGGUGACGGUGCAAAUUCGCCACCGCAAAUGUCCCACACUGACACACACACACGCAGAGAGAGAGGGGGUGGAUGGUAGGUGGGUGGGAUGCUUCUGAGGGACUGACUGGACUCACUCACCUCGUCGCACACAUGGACUCGGUAAGCGUCGCUCAUGUCGAAGAGGCGCUCCUUAAGCAUCUUGGCCGCCCCGUGGGAAAUCAUGCAGUCCCUCUCCAUCUCACCAAACCUACCCAGACACAGGCACACGGAACGGACACACACACACACACAGAGGGUGGGGUGUGCGAUGCGAUGCGAGCGUCUGUCUGUGUGCUUGUUGCCAGCUUGCUUACCGAAGGCCGCCCUCUCUCGCCCGGCCCUCCAUCGGCUGGCGCGUCAGCAUCACCUGCAAGUCAAGUGUGUGUAUGUAGUGGGUCACAGACCUUUUUGUCUGGAUGCCUGUGUGUGGAUGUGUGUGCGUACCACCGGCCCUCUGGCUCGCGAGUGGAUCUUGUCGUCGACCAUGUGUUUGAGCCGCUGGUAGUAGGUGGGCCCGAUGAAGACGCGCGCAUUCAGCCGACGGCCGGUGUAGCCGUUGAACAACACCUGAAGGCACACACACGGAGGGAGAACACACGUAGAGUAGAUGGACGUCUGUCUGUCUGUGUGUCUGUGUGUGCGGCGGGUGCGACUGACCUCCAUCCCGUGCUUCUGGUAGCCGAGUGCGUGGAGGUUGGCCGAGAUCUGCUGCACCGUCAGCUGAAUAGUGAUGCCAACACGCACACACAGACAGACAGACAGACACACAGAGAGACAUCUCUCUCUCUCUCUCUCUGUGUGUGUGUGUGUGUGUGGUUUGCUCACUUUGGUGAAUGGCGUAGCGUCACCCUCCAUGCCGCCCACACAGCACACCUUGCCCAACAGACACUCAAUCAGAUGACCUGCACACACAUCCAUCCAUCCAUCCACCUCAGCCUGUCUGUGGCUGUCGGUGGCUGUGCUGCGGGCCGAUACCGAUGGUCAUUCGGGAGGGGAUGGCGUGAGGGUUCAUGAUGAUGUCCGGACAGACGCCGUCGCGCGUGAAGGGCAUGUCCUCCUGGUUGAAGGUGAUGCCGAUGGUGCCCUUCUGCCCGUGGCGCGACGCAAAUUUGUCGCCGAUCUGCGGAAUCCGGAUUGAGCGCACCUGCACGCCACCACACACACACACACACACACAUGUAGAUAAAACCGUAUUAACAGCAUUGUUCUCUCUCUCUCUGCGUCUCUCUGUUUAGAUUGACGUGACGCACUCGCUCACCCGGACUUUGGUGAACCUGUAACCCUUCUCGGAGAGGGAGAGCAUCACGCGAUCCACCACGCCGUUCUCAGACGGCCCUGGGCAAUGAAUGCACGCAACAGAGAGAGAGAGAGAUGUCGAUGUGCAAAUGUUCGUCAGUGUGUCGCUCUCUCUCCCUCUCUCCCUCCCUCCCUCCCUCUGUCUGUCUCCGCUUAGCUAUCUUACUGAGUCCCAGUGACGAGUCCUUUUUGGUUUUCCGCUGGAUCUGCGCCUCCUCCUCAAUGCCCCGCCGGCUCUCCUCCUCCUCACUCUCGCGGAUGUCAGCAGUCUGACCACACAACACAGUCGUAGGUAGAUAGAGAUGUGCAAGUGAGCGGCUCCACUAGGUGUGUGUGUUUCGGGGAGAGAGAGGAAGGGGGCGCUAUGCAGUACACAACGCAACCCACCUUGCCAAUGAUUAUGUCCCCGCCAAGCACGCGGCUGCCGGGAGCGAUGAGGCCGUCCUCGUCGAGCUUGGAGUAGUCGCCCCGCCGCAUGCCGAGGGUGUUCUCGGGGUCGGGCUUCUCAAACCGAUCUAGGUACACCUGCAGGCCAUGUGUGGUGUGUGCACCUGAUGAUUGACCGAUGGUGUCAGUGCGUGUGCUUGGGUGGGUGGUACCUCUCCGCCAGUUUUGCGCUCUUCAGCAGGAUAAGACCUGUGCCCAUCAGUGACGCGGGCAACCACACACAGACGUCAGUCAUCCGCCAUAAUCAAUUUAUUGAACAUAUGUGUGUGUGUGUGUUUACCGACCGGUAGAAGGCCGAUCGAAAGAGCCCUCGGUCGAUGGAGGCCUGGUUCAUGAUGAGCGAGUCCUCCUGGUUGUACCCACUGCACACACACACACACAGGCAUCGUGUAGGGUUCAGGGCUAGGGUUUGAAACCCUAGACCCAUGACCCCUCGGAAGCCCCGACCGCACCUGUAGCACAUGAUGGCGACGAUGGCGUUGAUGCCGGCCGGCAGCUUGUCGAAGAACAGAUGCUUCAUCGCACGUGUCAUGACGAGCGGUUUCUGCACACACACACACACACACAGAGAGAGAGAGAGAGAGAGAGUUGGCAGGGGAGGCGUGUGUGUGGGUGUGGGUGUGUGUGGGUGUGGGCGUCCCCUGGGCAUUGCCUGUGGGUAGUAGAGGACAUGGGCGAGGGUGUCCAUCCGCAGGUUGUAGUUGCUCGCGUAGACGCCCAUAGCCUUAUGGUUUGUCGACACACACACACACACUUGCACACAAUUGGACCUCGGCGGCAUGGUAUGGUCUCUCUGUGUGUGUCUGUCUGGGGGUCUGACCUGCUUCCCCAUAGCGGACUGGUAGCAGUUCCUGGGCGACUGGUUGUGGUCGGGGAACGGGAUGAUGGACGCGCACACACCUGAUCCAUCCAUCCAUCUAUGUGUGUGUGUGCCUCGCUCGGGUGGGCUGGCUGACGUGACUGACGCACCAAGGAUCAUCGAUGGGUGUAUCUCGCAGUGGGUGUAGGUGGAGCAGUAGGACUGGCCGUACUCGAGGUCGUCGAGAAACAUCGCCACCAUACAGGUCUCCUCCUACAUCACCAUAGACAGGCAGAUAAAUAACCAACGGACAGCACAGCCCCGGUGUAGAAUUGAAUUGCGAUUGCAGAGGGUGGGUGCACUGCACUGACCUCUUCCGUGUCGAUGUACUCGACGAGGCCCUGGCGGAUAAGAUCGUUUUCCUCCUCAUUCUUGGAGUACCACCUGAGCAAACACACACACAGACCCAGGCGACAGACGGACGCCAUAUGUGGGAGGGAGGGAGAGCGAGGCGGUUUGUGCGGUAGGUACCUUACAUACCUGAUCUCUGGCGGGUCGCUCUGGAUUUGCUCGAUGUGCUUCUUCUUGAUCGCAAGCCUGCACACACGCAGAGUUGUGUGUGUGUGCAUAUCUCUGUCUCUCUCUCUCUCUCUGUAUUUGUGUGUGUGUACUUUUGGUUCUUAUUGACAACGAAGAGCGGCCUCGAUGCGCGGCCGCCAUCAGUGAAGACCUUCACCUCCUGCACAGACACACACACGGGGAUACACAGCUCUGUGUGGGUAGUGGUGGGGGAGGGGGAGGGGGUGGUUGCCUGGUUGUUGAUGUCCCGGACGAUGGAGAUCUCAAAGUGUAUGGUGCCCUGCCGCCGCAUCUUUCUCAGCUGGUCGACCAGCUCCUUGCCGUCGCUGUGCAUGCCGAUCCAGUUGCCGUUGAGGAACACCUGGGGACAGGCACACCAACACAAGCAAGUGUCGCAUCGAUGGAUGGAUGGAUGUGUGUGUGGGUGCCUUGGUUCGGUGUUUGAUCUCGGUGGGCUGCACUUCGUCCAACGAGUCGAGUCCUAGCUCCUGAAGGCACACACACACACAGACACAUGCGUCUCUCUCUCUCUCUCUCUCUGUCUCUCUCUGUGUGUGGGGUCGAUACCUUGAUACUGUCUUCGAUGUCAUCGGCUUUCUGGCCCACCGUGAUGUAGGACAUCAGCGCCAGAUUCUUGACCAAACCAACAGCCUGGAGACCACACACACACAGCCACACAGAUGGAGAACGGUCCGCUGUGUAUGUGUGUGUGUGUGUGUGUGUGUUGCAUUCGGUGCACUACUCCACUCACACACCUACCUGUCCUUCUGGCGUCUCUGCCGGGCAGAUCAUGCCCCAGUGAGUGUUGUGCAGCUGACUGAUGGGACAGACACCACACACGAAGGUCAAUAGUACUCACACAUAAGAUGGGCAGGCAGGCAGGCAGCUGUGCGCACCGACCGUGGCUUGGCGAGUUUGCCCUCUCUGCCGAGCGGCGUGUUGAGCCGCCGCAGGUGGGAAAGCUGUGAGGCGAAUGUGAGCCGGUUGAGCACCUGAUUGAACACACACACAGAAGUAACGUGUUGAUGCCCGGUGGGGCAGAAUGGUGUUAAUACCUGUGAGACGCCGGUCCUGACGGUCUGGCCCUCUCUGUUUUUGCCCCAGUUGCCCGUGGCCAGCUGGUACUUGAGGCCCCGCUCGAUCUCCAUGCCAGCAUCCUUGACGAUCUUGCCUGUCACCACACACACACACGCACACACACACACACAUGGACACGCUGCUCUCCAUCUGUUAAAGGGAUCACCUAGGUCGAAAUCGUCACCCAGAUCGACCUUCCGCUGCACCUGCCGGCGCACAUCCUUCGCCACACGCCUGUUAUCACACACACAGACACACGAGAGAGAGAGACGCUCACGUGUAGUCGUGUGUGUGGGUGGUGCAGGGGGUGGUGGUGGUCACCUGAAGAGCUGCCCGAAGCUGGCGGCCAUGAGGCUGCCGGUGAGGUCGAGCCGCUUCUUGCCGAAAUGGUCGCGAUCGUCUUCCUGAAUCCUGCACCCACACACACAGCACCACAUUACACCACUGACAGAUGAAUGCGAACCUUGAUAAUCUCUCUCUCUCUCUCUCUGAGGGUACCGUCCGAGUCGCCCCAGGAGCAUCCUGUGGACCAUGUAGCCGAUGUAGUAGGCCUUCCGGGCCAGCGAGUUGGCGUCAAUGCCGAGGUGCGGCAGAAGCUCCUUGCACAGCAGCUCCCGAGCGUAUUGGAUGCGCUUCUCCUUCGUCACGGUUGUGGCGGGACCUGCACACACCAGCCCAGCCAGCGACAUGUGUGUGGGGGGGAUGGAUGGAUGGCUCUGGAGGGGAGGGAUGUGUGGAAGCGAAGCGCACCUCUGCGCCCGAUCCAAUCGAGACAGACUUCCUCCUCGUCAUAGUCUCUUGCGUGGUCGACCGAGGGCUUUAGCAAGUCCAGCAUCGCCUGCCAGUCAGGUCGAUCCCCCCCCCCCACACACACACGUGUGUGGCGAUGCGUGUGUGUGUGUGUGUGUGGCUUACCCGGUCGUCGAAGUUGUAGACAAUUCGCUCCAGGAUGUCUUUCUCGCUGUUGACCCUGUUGGCACACAAUCAUUGAUUGGCACACACACACACACCGACCCGACACACAUCAUGAUGAUGAGGUGCUGUGCUAUGGGGGCGCACACACCGACCCGCCAAACGUGCCAGCCGACCAGACCUGAGCGCGCGGAAAAGAAUGACGAUCGGCACUUCCGACCGGAUGUAAGGGAUGGUGGCCAGAAUCUGCCAAGCCAAGCCAAGCCCCCCACCACACACACCGACCCCACACACAUCACAAUCACACACACACACACACACAAAUAUCUAUCUCUGUGUCGGUCGGCAUGCUCACGAACUAACCCGGUCAGAAGGGUUGUCCUUGGCUGCGCGUCCGCCGCCGCCGGUGGAGGGCGCCCGCAUCUUGACGCUGAAGGGCGAGGUGGCCUGCAUGCCCUCGGCGCAGCUCCGCACCUCGACGAUCCAUGACCUAAGAAAAAGCGCAUGUGUGUGUUGGUGUGGUUGUGGGAGGAAGAGAGAGGGCAGAGAGGGGGAGGGGAGGUUACCAUUUGGAUGGCUGUUUCUUGUGGAAGGCGUAUACGAAGUUGUUGGCCAUCCUCUCCUGCGCCACCAGCACCUUCUCGCUGCCGUUGAUGAUGAAGUAGCCACCCUGUUAAUUGACAAAGUUAGUUAGCCACACACACACACAGACAGACACCCACAGCACAUCACAGCCACGGUGUGUUGAUGUGAUGUGUGGGCGUGCGUGCCUGGUCGAAGAUGCAUUCGCCGCAUUCGGCCCUCUCUUUGUCGGUGAGGGCGGAGAGCCAACAGAACUCACUCCGCAGCAUCAUCGGAACCUGCACACACACACACACACACACACAUACACCACACACACACACAGGUGGUCUGUCUGAGCGAGCAGCGGACCCACCUUACCUUGCCACACUCGAGCUUCGAGUACGUCUUCUCCUCGACCUUGUCGUCGUCUGUGCACUCUGUGACCAUUCACACCCACAACCACACACACACAGACAGAGAGAGGGAGAGAGGGAUGGAUGGAUGGAUGUGCGUGUUGUUCCGUUCCCUUUGUCACCUCUGCCGUCCUCCGGCACUCGGUAGACCUUCUGCACGAUGUCGACAUAGAGCUGCGACGAGUACCUGCACACACAAAGCCGCAAGGCGCACAGGGGGUGAACGGGCGCUGUGUAUCUGCCUGAAAUGCGUCCUAACGUACGUGAGGUUUCUGAGCCUGGCGACGUUGGGCAUGAGCUGCUCCUUCUGCUCGUCCUCUAUCUGCCACACACACACACACACACACAGAGUCCGUCUGUCUGCCUGAUGGAUGGGCGCAUUGAUCGCAUUUGCCAUUCACUGGCUGAGCUGACUGACCAGCUGCGGCUUGUUGAGCGAAAGCUGGCUGAACUUGAGCUCAUACUUCAGCUGACCCGACACACACACACAAAACGUGCAGGCCAAGCAGAUCCAUGGGCGGACGGAUGGCUGGGGGGGUGUUACCGAUUCGUCGGUGCUGCUGGAAGGUCCGUACUGGCUCUGCGGCUUGAUCUCUAACGCAGGAUGCUCAUCGACCAGCUCCUGUAAGAUCAGACAAUCGCGCACACAGGAGAGGGAGGGAGGGUUGGUGGCUGCACGGCACUGCACUCGUCUGUGUCUUUGCGCGGCAGAGACGCACCGACCGACCUGCAUCUUGAACAUCAUGAAGUCGUUGAAGGACUCGGUCUGCUGGUACACCAGGCCCUUCUCGUGGAAGUACAAGUCGACCACGUGCCAAGGAUCCUUUAAGGGACACACACACACACAUCCAUAUCGAUCCAUCGAUGUGUGUGGUCGCGAAUCUCUCGCCGUUGUCCGUCCGGUGCGCUUACUUCGUUUUCGAUCUCAGCUGAGUCGUCGAUGCCCUCCUCCUCCUCGAGCUUCUCCUCGAGCAGGGUGGCCUCCAGGUCCUGGGCAGAUAGAUCAAAUGCGAUGGUGGGUUGGGAGGAGGGAUACACACACACACAGCAGAGAGAGGGCCACUGCUUGCAGUGCGGUGGUCUGUUGCGUCAUCACAUCACGUAGACUCACCUCGUACUCCUCUUCCUCAUCCUCUUCCAGAUGAUCCUCUGCACACACAUCAACACAGACACACACACACACACGCAUGGAUCCCUCUGUCCUCUGUGACCAGACAGGUCAGACAGACGCGCAGUUUGCUGAGGCCGACUGACCUCGCUCUUGCUUGACAUAUUCGUCAGGCUGCAAGUCGUGCUGCUGCUCCCCGAUGCCGCCGCCCAUCUCCUGCUCGCCGAACAGGUCGUCGUCAUCCUCAUCACCGCCGCCACCCAUACCGGGCUCACCACCUGUCGGACACGCACACACACCAGAAUAGUCCCUCUCUCUCUCUCUCUCUCUCUCUCUGAGGGAGUGGCUGGGUCACCUGUUUGCUGCUGUUGCUGGUGCUGCUGGUGAUCGCCAUCUCCACCUCCAUCACCGCCCUGCUCCUCCUCCUCACUGUCCAGCCUACACACACGCCAACACAACACAACACACAGCACGUGACUGACGUGAUACACACGCAGCACAGAAAGAGACAGACAACACAGACACCCAUGACAGCCAGCCUCCGAGCUCACCCAAGGACGUCAUGCUCCUCCUCUCCUUCAUCUUCGUCCUCUUCAUCUUCCUCGUCACCAUGGCCGUACGGCGGCGGCACUGGCGGCGGGUAGCAGCCGCCUCCGCCGCCACCACCGGCGGCAUAGGGAUCAGCCAUAUAUAUGCUCCGGACGCCACUACUUCCGCUUCUCUCGCCUUUACCUCAAGAGAUCUCCUUCACCCUGACGUGGCGGACACGUGAAC